CAAACUCCCACGAAAUCAUGAAGACUCGUUUGACAGCUGUGACGUAUCUUGGCUUCACCGCCACGGACCGCCGCCUGUCAACUGUCAUGCUCCCGUGGCUGUUGAAGGAAAUUAGAACUUGUGGCACUUACGACAAGCUUAGCAUUACGAUAGAAGAUGGCUGCCUUAAGGCUUACAACGAGAACUUUGAGCCAGUCAUCGUUCACAGACUGGUGGACAUCAUCAGGGCGAGCCAAGUACCAGGAAGACCUGAUGAGCUGUUCUACAUACUCCUCAAUGAGAAGGAGGCUCUGCUGCACUGCUACCUCUACAAAGCGAACAGUGUACAAGAGGUGGCUGAACUGUUCACGCAGAUGCGGGAGCCCUCCCCCGGGGCCCCGAGCCCCAAGUCCUCCACCGGCUCGCUCCACGUCACCAAGAACGUGGGCUUCCAGCAGCAGACCCAGGAGCUGCCGUGGCAGACCCCCGCCAUAUCCCUGUCCGGGAACUGCAAUAGCAACUUGGCCGGAGAGCCGUCUCCCCUAGUAAGGAGCGUCAGCAACGCGUCCGCUCUCACGUCGCUCUGCGCCGACCUUUCGCCUUCAGACUCACAUUUCUUUGAGGUAUUAUACAUCGGGAAAGUCCGGAUAUCGCAGCGGAAGGUUCCCGAGUCGCUCAUAGAUGACGCUCUAAUCAAAUUCGCGCAGCACGAGGCGGACAAGGCGAAGAACCAACGACGACACAGCUUACUUUCUUCCAAUGGGACCUCAAUUUACAGUGCGGACUCCAAUGAAAACUUGACAAAUGACAAAAAGACUGAAUCACCAGACAAAAAAAUUAACGUAUCUAUAUCAAACACCCCGUUAGAACCGGUCAAGUCUGUCCACUGGAAAAGUAAUGAAAAUCUACCCGACAUAGUUAAAGCAGACAACGCAGAUUUAGACAAAGAAUUUGAGAAAUUUACUAAAGAAAGAGUUAAUGGCAGGAAAGCUGAUAUAGUACUUAAUGUACCUAACUUAGGCACAGUUGCAGAAGACGAAGAGAAACAUGAAGAAAUCAGAUCAAUUCUGUCUGAAACAGCUUCGUCUAUAACUCAAUUCUGUCAAACGAAUUUCUUAACAGACAAAAAUGAAGGUGGCAGUAAAGUAAAUAAUACUAGUGAAAAUGUUAACCCAUUUGAUGUUAAAGCUAACCAGAGGAAUAAAUUAGAUUUAAAGCUUAAUUUAGUAGAGAAAGCUGAAGUUGAGAAAUCGGACAGCUCAACUAAUAUAACUUUUGAGGAAUCAAAAUCGGUAAGAAAAAAUGAAGAAAGUAGAAAUAAUUCGGGGAUGCCGGAGAAUAAGUCGUUUUUAAGAGACAGGUCGGCUUCGAUAGGCACUAUUAGUUUAAAAACGCCAAUAGCACAAGUUAUAGGAGAACAAAAUAGGACAAUGCUGUUUCAAGUCGGCCGCUCCGAGCUCCGCCUCAUCAGCCCCGACAGGAAACAGAUCCUGCUACACCGCGCCUUCAAAGACGUCGCCAGCUGCGUCAUCGGCCGCCACAAUAAGGACCAUUUCGGCUUCGUCUGCAGAGAGACCAAUGAGAGCUAUGCGGCUUAUGUCUUCAAGUGUGAGAGCGAUUCCGUGGCCUUAGAGGUUGUCAACGUUAUUGGAUUUUCUGAUAUCAAAAUUAGAAUCUGCGUCAUCGGCCGCCACAAUAAGGACCAUUUCGGCUUCGUCUGCAGAGAGACCAAUGAGAGCUAUGCGGCUUAUGUAUUCAAGUGUGACUGCGAUUCCGUGGCCUUGGAGGUUGUCAACGAUCUUGUUCCAGCGAUCAAGCAAGCGUUCGUGGCCCACGCGGAGCUCUUGAAGAAAUCUCGAGAGAAAUCUCCCAAUCUGACAUGCGAGCACUGUCCUAUGCUUUGGUACCACCGGCUUUGCCACGACGUGGAAGGCAUGAAUGAGAAGAAAACGCACGCAUUUAUUCUGCGGCGAAUCGAGCAAUUGCCUGAAGAUGAGCAGGAUCUAAUUAUCACUAAAUACCAAGGAGGGACCAACCAUAUGUACGAGGUAAAUGAACACAACGCUUUCCUAAUGAUGUUGUUACGGGCCCAUUGCGAAGCGAAACAGACCAGGCAUAUCCAUGACACUGCCGAGAACAGGUAAGAUUAUCUUAUAACUUUCAUGACUGAAGCGGGCGCUGAACACGACGCGACAUGGCGACAGACCAUCUAUGAGAAGGUUGUGCAGCCUACUGACGUCCAGUGCGAAGCCGGUGACCUGACUCCCGCGAAUCUCCUGGGUCUACCGUCUCCCCGGCCUGGCAAGAGGAGUAAGGAGGAGCUCCGGCAGCUGUGGAAGAUGGCCAUCGACCAAACUGUACUCCUGGUCAGGAUGGAGAGAGAAAACGCCAAGUUGAAGAAAAGCGAAGAAACCUCAGCAGUGCGUCGUAUAAAGCUGGAAUACGUGGAGCUAGGCGCAUGUGACACCGGCGUCGCGUCCAUGUGGGACUCCCUCCUGGCCUCCCGGGACCGCUCACAACCUGUGGCCAAAGCUGACAGACAUAUGUUGACACAGGCUGUCAUACAAGGGGUCCCCCGCAUGAGCCGCGGCCUGGUGUGGUACUUCCUCGCCGAGCAGGCUUGUCUGCGCUCCCCCCCGCCGGACCCCAAGCAGUACCCGCGCUACCAGACCCCCUACAAGACCCUGUUAGCCGGUUUGACGAAGCACCAACACGCCAUACUUAUAGACCUAGGGCGCACGUUCCCGCAGCACUCGUACUUCGCGUCGGCCCUCGGCCCCGGGCAGCUGGCGCUCUACAACAUCCUGAAGGCCUACUCCCUCGUGGACCCCGACGUCGGCUACUGCCAGGGCCUGAGCUUCGUCGCUGGCGUGCUGUUACUACAUACGGAGGAAGCCGACGCUUUCAUUCUAUUGCGGCAUCUGAUGUUCAGACGUGGCCUUAGAAAACAGUACUUGCCUGAUAUGAGCGCUCUACAAGUACAGCUAUACCAACUAUCCCGCCUGCUCCGCGACCACGAGCCCGAGCUGCACGACAAACUGGAGUCCCUCGACAUCUCCCCCGCCCUCUACGCCGCUCCGUGGAUGCUGACCCUCUUCACAAGUCAGUUCCCUCUGGGCUUCGUCGUGAGGGUGUUCGACCUAAUAUUCUUGGAAUCCCUCGACAUCGUGUUCUCCGUCUCUCUCGCACUGCUCGCGGCGCACAGAGACGGGCUGAUGUUAUGCGAGAGCUGCGAAGAAGCCGCUGAGUAUCUCAAACACAAGCUGCCGGACAUGAACAAAGCGCUAUGCGAUCGAGUUAUGAAGAAGGUUCUAACUCUAGACAUUAGCCGUCAGUUAUGCGACUACGCGGUGGAGUACGCAGUGCUGAGAGAGGAGAUGCCGCGACUGGCGACGCUGACUGAGGACAACCGGCGACUGGUCGCACAGACUAAUCGCAUGUCCGGCGAACUCGACUCUGCCAUGGACGCUAUAACUGCCUACCAGAACAGCCAAGCGCGUCUAGAAUCAAUAAACAAAUCCAUGGAUCAUCAGCUCGCCCUGCUCAGUCGGUACAUCGCCGCCCACCACAGGCAAGACAUACCUACAGAUAUCAAGAAGAUAGUCCAAAACCACAACAAGAAAAUAUCCUUUGGAUCCAAAAUAUUCUCAUCGAAAUUCACUUCAAACGAAGAUGACGAAAAUGAUCCCAAAAAAACGUUCAAAACUGGCAUCAGUGCGCCUAACCUCUUCGCUAAAAUAUCUAGAGAAGACGUGUUCAACGCUGUCAAAGAAAAAUCUUCACCAGAAUCAGAUAAAAAACAGUUCCUAUCGAAAAAAUCCCAAUCCGUAUCAGGCUUGGCUGUUAAACCUUUCCCAUUGAAAGUUUUGGAAGAAAAACCGGAAAACACGAGAUCUGAUAGUUUCAAAAACAGCAACGUACUUAAUGAGUCUCUAAGAGAAUUGGGAAAGAAAAAUACAGGAUUCUUUGCUAAUACACACGAACAAAUAAGACAAGAAAGGCUCUUUGAACAGCAGUUAAAACAUGAUUUCGAUGAGAAUUUAAAGAAGUUAGACCAGAAAUUAUCACCAAAAUACGAUGAAGAUUUAAGUAUAUUCCAAAGUAGAAGGAGCAUGUCCUUAAAUUUGAAAGAACCGAAGGAAAACAAACAAGAUAGUGGUUUCGUAACUCCCAUGAGUCCAGAGGAUAGAAAAGACGAUACUUUAUCUAUAAUCUCGCACCCUUUAAGCGAUUGUGACGUGGAAAUCAAGUUUGAUGGACAAUCGACAAAGCUGAAGCAAAUUAGACCUUUUAGAAUAUUAAGCGAAUAAUUAGGAAGUGCCGCUUGCUUAGAACUUUCGUAACCAGUUACGAAAUGGGAAAUAAUAUUUCUAGAAUGUAACCAUUUCAAACUACAUGAAAAAUACCAUGGACAAGGUUAUUAAACUGGAUUUUUUACCAGUUGGUUACGGAACUCGGUUGAUGCCUUACUCGAAAUCACAGAGAAAUAAAUAAGGAAAGUGCUAACUCCAUGCUUCAGUUUUCUUACCAAAACGCGGGCUACUUGACACCAGAUGUCGCGUGUGUCACGAUUGACGAAAAAUGUAUUGUUAAAACAAUUUACAACUAAUAUUACAAGCAGAAGGAGUAGAAAAUAGAGCGGAAACUCUAUUUUCAACUCCUUUUACUUAUAAUAUUAGUUAUAAAUUUCAUCAGUCGCGACACAUGUGACAUCUAGUGUCGAGUAGCAGUACUGAUAGUUCCGCUACUUGACGCUAAAUGUCGACUAUGAAAAUAAUAGUCGUUUAGGUAACAAAACUGAUGUAUGGAGUGAGCACGUCUUCUUAGUUUUCUUUGAUCCUUACUUAUUUCUCUGUGCUCGAAAUGGUUAAAAUUUGCAAUACAAUAUUCGGCUUUACAUUCAAUUACACGCUUAAUGAUUAUAGCUUCAAGUUCAAAUAAAUAGUUCCAAUUUAAAUUUACGCUCAUAAGAGGCCACAAACACGAGCGCUUUAUCAACGCGCGUUAAAAAAGCGCUUGAAUCCGCCCGCACGCUAAAUUCGAUAUAAAAACCAAGGCUUAAAGUUGAAAAUCCAAGGCGAGGCAUUGGCGAGGCCAGAAGGGUCGCUGAAGAUAGGAAGGCGUGGCGGGAGCUUGUGAAGGCCCUUUGCACCUCUGGGGUGCCAUAUGACAACAACAACAACAAAGUUGAAAAUCCAUCAACGAUUGAUAAAAAGCGCUACCGCCAUCGUGUCAUUCUAACGCUUUUUUAACGUGCGUUGAAAAAGCGCUCGUGAUAAUGAGGCCUAAGCGGUAUAUGAUUGACUGUUAAAGCCGUUACAGACGGGCGUACCACCGCGAACUUGGUGCGGUCAAAAUAUCUACUUGCUCUUACUUAUAGCUGCGUCUUUAACGGACGUACGGCGGACCACCUUACACACGAUCGAACAGGGCUCGGACCGGACGAAGGUCGCAGUCCGGUGUGCCCGUCUGUAACUGCUGUUAGCUGCGGCUUUUAAAGAAAGUCAAGUGCUUGAAGUUUAAUUAGGGUUCAUCCAUUAAUUACGUCACACAAAUUUCGAGGUUUUUUUACCCCUCCCCCCCUCCUUGUCACACUUGGUCACAUUUGGCAAACCCCUCCCCCCUGGUGUGACAUCACAUUUUUUCUAUGUAAUCGGCAAAUCGAAUUAAGUAUUAUUAAUAUUUUAUCAAAAUAUUUUUGACAAAAGAAAUAUUAGUAAUUUUAUAACCCAAAACAAACUAGGAAAGAAAAUUAAACGAUUAUCAUUUAAAAAACUUGUUAUAUAACUGUACAGCGAAUAAAAUGAUUUAAAUAAGUUAAUGUGACGUCACAAAGUUGACUCCCCCUCCCCUUUGUCACAACAUGUCACAUUUUCUUGACCCCAUUCCCCCCCUAAACGUGUGAUGUAAUUAAUGGAUGACACCAGGGGCGUAGAGGAUAUGGCGCCCGGGGCAGUCACCAAAUUUGCGCCCCCUGAUGAUUGACAAGUUUCCCUUGGCCUUUUGCCCAUUUUGGCGCCCCCCCUUGGAUGGCGCCCGGGGCACUUGCCCCCCCCCCCCCCCCCCCCCUUGUUACGCCACUGGAUGACACCCUUAGUAGGAAAUGCUUCCAAAUAAUCGUGACAGAUAGUAAUAAGCUCAAUGUCAUCUAGUAAAAGCUGUGUUAUGUGAGAACGAAUCCAAGAGAUCUUUUACAAUUUUGAUUCGUUUAGGUUUAUAGUUCCGUUGAUGGAAAACAGCAGGUUUUUUUGGGUGCGUAGCCAACAUGACAACGGUGUGCUCUGGCCUUAAACUAUUGAAAUUGUUAGAUCUCUUGCGUUUCGUGUUGUUGCACUCGCUAGUUGUUAUUAUGUAUAAUAUGUAUAGAUUGAUUCACGUGAGCUGGCAUGAAAUGAUCGAAUUAGUGAAAGAAAGUACCAAUUUGUGGAACAAACAAUAAGCUAAAGGAGACAAUGCACAUUAUUUCAUACCUUAUGACUCUUAUGAGGCACAGAACAUUACGGCCUAAAGAAUAUGGAAUUUCCUAGAUUCAAGGGGCAUUAUAGUCUGCAUAUUCUCAAAUGAUUUUUUCGCCAAAGACCCUAAUCUGUUAAACAAAAGCCUUUGUUCCUUUUCUGUGUGCGCUUGCCCAUUGUUGGCGAACGCGUGGCCAUUGUUGGUGAGCUCAUGCCACUCGCUGAUACACAAUGGUCACGCGCUCACCAACAAUGGGCACGCGCACGCACAGAAGGAACAAAGGCUUUUGUUUAACAGAUUAGGGUCUUCGAAAAACUUAUUUUAGAAGAUGCAGACUAUAGUAUAAUGAACUUUAAAGGGAGACAAUAGAUCACUGCUUGGCCCAUGUGCAGUAUGUGCACUCAAAAGGCCUACAACUAUGGACGGUAUAGAAAGGACGACAAUCUCUUAUGGCAGAACUAUUGCAAAAGUGACCAGCUUUCAGCUGUAAAUAAUUGUUCCUAAUCUCUCCGGUGGCGCUAGUUAGGCUCUGGGACAUUAGUUUUUUUUUAACCUGACGGGCUCUAUUGCACCUAGGGCAAUUAGAGCGGAAUAACAUGCACCAUAUAAGGCAACAAAUAACCCGACCAAAUGAGGGCUAACGAGUAUGAAUUCGCCGCUAGGGGCGCUAGUGUAGAUGGUGGUCUUUUCCAUAGUUCGAAAUGUCACUUGUCACUUCAAUGACUGACAGCUGUUCUUUAGUCUUUUGGACCACCAUCAAAGGCGCCAACUGGUGAGCAAAAAAACGAUAGCCCUCAUUACGUACGUUGUUUUUGGUAGUAUUUCGGUGUAUGGUGGCGCUGCCUAAUUACUGUUUUUUGAUGGACACUUUUCAUACAUAGAGAUUUGGCUCCUUUGUAUAGUCUCCAUGCCUACAACACCAAAAUUGACAUUUUAGCGCAGGCGCAGGUUAGAUGGCGCUGACGUCAACGCAAAGUGGAUGCGUUUGGUGAUAGAUAGGGCCGUGUUGUACGGUUGCGUUCGUGGUCCACAAAUGGUCCCGCCGGAAGACCAGCGCUGACUUUAGGGUUAGCAUUAUGCUGAGACGGGACCAUUUCGUGGUAAACUAUAUACUUUUUGUUUUAAAUAUACUUUUUCUUUGUACUUUUUCGUUAAGGUAUGAAUUGCAGUUUGCCAGUGAAUUACUUACUUACAAUAAUACUAAAUAAAAAACCUAAACUAAGAUUCGAAAAGAAUGAAGAAAUAAUAAGUGCCAGGUUUUGUGAAUCCAUCUGUACGUAGAAAAUUAUGUUAUUGUUGCAUAUGUGUGUGUGUGCGUGGAUGUAUGUGUGACUCGCCUUAUACAAUAAAUAGUGUGCUACAAAGUA